AUGAAGCGCGGGGUGCGAGCGGUGUGCCUGGCAUGGCUGGUGGUCGUGCUGGCUGUUGCGGAGGGUGCCUUUGAGUCGGACGAGCUGGAGUGGGAGGCGGAGGAGGCGCCGCUGCCCCUGCCCAAGGAGCUGCCGACCGCCACCACUCGCGCACCGGGCGCAGCGGCCCAGGACAGCGCACGGGCAGCGGGCGGAGCGGGGGCGGGGGACAGCGGCGACGCGGGCGUGGUGUUCCCCCUGGAGCACAGCCUGGACGGGGUCACCUUCACACCGGCGGGCGAGUUCAGCGCCAAGCUGAGGCCCGUGGCAGGCCAGGCUGUCCCCAAGCUGACGCGCGUGCGCCUCGCACGCCAGCCGUGGUCGCCUGCGGAGCAGCGCGCAUUUGUGGACCUGAUAGCACGCAAUGGCUACUACCGCCUGCGCGUCCCCGCCCACGUCUUCUCGGCUGCGGGCCCCCCCUACGUGGUGACGGCGGUGCGCGCAGCGUGCCUGGCGGACGCGCGCUUCAAUGAGCACUUUGACCUGCACGUGGACACCGCCGGCCACGUCCUGGCGCUGGGCUACAAGACGUUUGUGGACUGCACCAAAGCCAGCGGAGAACCGCCGCGCGAGUGGACGUUCAGCAGCACGGCCACGGUGCGCUCCAGCCUCACAGCCCCCAGGCUGGCGGCCACGCUGAGCAGCAUGGACGCCCUGAAGCCGCCCAAGGCGCCCAAGCUGCCGCCGCGGGUGGAGGGGGGCGGGAGCGGCAAGGACGGCGAGGCAGCGGGCGGGGAGGGGGAUGAGGAGGAGGAGGAGGAGAAGACGUUCUUCCAGAAAUACUGGCUGUACAUGAUCCCCGCGGGCCUGCUCCUGCUCAACAUGAUGGCAGCCGCGGCGCCGGACGAGGCUGCGCAAGGGGCAUCGCGGAGGUGACAGGCAGAGAGCCAAGCCUUGGUCAGAGUGACCAUGUCUGGGUUGUGAGUCGGAUGACGCUUCCCCUCUACGGUGCCUUCCCUACAUGAACAAGGGUUCGAUGGACUCGAUGAUCCAACUAUUAAUACUAGCACGUCGUUAUAAAGCUGUUCUCUGCAAUGUUAUUUUGGCAUGGCUUACGGCUUCUGGUGUAUGGACAUGCUUUGGUCAUUAGUACAGGGAGCUUAUCAUGUUGAAAGCAUCCAAGGCUUGUCUAACGAGUGUGUCGUGACAUUCUGGCG